AUGACACUCAAAUUGCUUAUGAAUUCGACAUGGGGAUAUUCCAUUAAGAAACCUCAAGAGAUGAAGAGUAAACAUUAUGAGAAGGUCGACAACUUUGUUGAAAGGUUUUCUCCUUUUGUUUUGAAGUACGAAUUCACUCAAGGUCAAAGUGGCUUAGUAACCACAUUAAAACCUAUUGUCGAACAUUGGUCUUACCCUCAGUUCGCAAAGGCAGUCCUUGACAACUACAACAAAUUCUUCUCCGAAGUCAAAUCCAAAGUCAAGGUUUACUAUGAGAACAUUGACGCACUCAUGACGAACGAAGAAGGUACAACAAACUCAUUGAAAUGGGUAUGGUCGGUGAAAAGAUGGGUCGAUUCAAAUUGGACAAAAUUUUCACCGAAGUUCAUGUCCUCUCCAAGCGUAAGUAUUGGGGCAUACUUGAAGACGGCACAGAAUAAAACAUUGCAUGAAAUAA